AUGGAUGAUAAGAAUAAUGGAGCCAUUUAUCCAAAACUAGUUGAAAAACAUGAGGAUGAUUGUGAACAGCAGUGUGAACAGCCACAGGAGGAUGGCAUAGAACGUCAGAGUUGGUCCCAUAAACUAGAUUUCAUACUUUCGUGUUUGAGUUAUGCUGUUGGAUUAGGGAAUGUGUGGCGCUUUCCCUACGUGUGUUAUAAAAAUGGAGGAGGGGCCUUCCUGAUCCCUUUCUUAGUAAUGUUGUUUAUAACAGGUAUACCACUGGUAUUUCUAGAGCUGUCGUUUGGUCAGUUUGCCAGCCAAGGUGUGGUUUCUAUCUGGUCAGUCAGUCCUAUCUUUCAGGGUGUAGGAUGGGCCAUGUUUAUUGUAUCUGUAUUAAUAGCUAUAUAUUAUAAUAUGAUCAUAGCUUGGACCCUCUAUUAUCUCUUUGCAUCAUUUGCUGAAGUUUUACCCUGGAGUUUCUGUGGUGUUUGGAGCACUUCUGUCUGUCUUGAAAACAAAGACCAGAUAAACAACUGUACGAAUUAUAACGGUACAUUUUAUAACGAUACUUGUUAUACAGUAGACAUGGUGGGACAGGAUACUUUUGACUACAUGAAAAAUAUCAGUAACCACACCCUAUCUAACUCUAGGUCUCCAAGUGAUGAAUAUUUCCAUGAGUUCGUAUUAGAUAUAACUGAUGGAAUAGAGCAUGUUGGAGGAGUGAAAUGGGAGUUAGCUCUCUGUUUAUUAUUAGCAUGGGUUUUAGUUUGUAUCUGUUUAGCAAGAGGAAUCAAAAGUUCAGGAAAGGCAGUAUAUUUUACAGCAUUCUUUCCGUAUGUAGUAUUAACUAUUUUAUUGGUCCGUGGUCUGACACUAGAGGGCUCUACUGAUGGUAUUAUAUACUUCUUUAAACCAAAAUGGGACAAGCUACUUAGUGCUAAGGUAUGGGGGGAUGCUGCUGUCCAGAUUUUUUUCUCUCUGUCUCCAGGAUGGGGAGGAUUAAUAACUCUAGCUAGUUUUAAUAAAUUCACCAACAACUGUUACAAAGAUGCUAUAAUUGUUUCUAUAUUGGACUGUUUAACCAGUGUAUUUGCUGGCUGUGUUAUAUUUUCUAUUAUUGGUUAUAUGGCUCAUGAACUCAAUUUGGGUAUUGAUAAAGUAGCCAGUGAGGGUGCUGGUCUGGCGUUUGUUGUUUAUCCAGAAGUAGUAACCAAACUACCCAUAUCUCAACUCUGGGCUGUAUUAUUCUUCUCCAUGUUAGUGACACUUGGGCUGGGAACACAGAUUGCCACGGUAACAACUGUCCAUACUACACUGUUAGACCAGUUUCCUAGUUUAUUUAAGGGUGGUAAACGAUCUCUGUUUCUGUUAUUUGGUAUCGCUAUUUCUUGUUAUUUGAUUGGAUUGUCUUUCUGUACUCGGGGAGGAAUGUACAUUCUACAAUUGUUUGAUAAUUUUGCUGCUACCUAUUCUUUGUUAAUAGUCUGUUUUACUGAGUGUAUGGCGUUAUCUUGGGUUUAUGGAGCAGAUAGAUUUUUAACUGAUAUUGAAACAAUGUUAGGAAAACGACCACCUCUUAUAUGGUCAAUUAGUUGGAGAUUUAUUGCCCCUGCAGCAUUACUGGUGAUAUUAAUAUUCACGUGGGUAGAUUUUACCCCCACAAGUUAUGGUGAUAUAACGUUCCCAGGUUGGGCUGAUGGAAUUGGUUGGUUAAUCACUCUGUCCUCCAUACUGUGUAUUCCUGGUUUUGCAAUCUGGACUGUAUUCAAACAAUAUAGAUCCUCAGAGAUGGGCUUGGUUCAGGCCAUAAAAACAGUGAGUAGACCAACAUUAUUGUGGGGACCAGCAUUGAGAGAGGAUCAAAUAGCUAGAAAAGAUCUAGCUAAAGCAAGAAACCCAACGGAAGCGUUUAAUUCUCGAAUACCUUUAACAAUUUCCAACAAUGGUAGUGAAUUUAGUAGUUUAGUUACUGAAAAACCAACAACUAAGUGUUGAUAGUUAGUGUUUUAGUGUUUUUUUAUAAAAAGAAAUAAAUAC